AUGAAGCAAGAAAUCAAUAAUUUCGUGCAAACAGAUACUAAAUCUGUAUAUCAAGCAUGGGAACGAUUAAAAGCAAUGUUAAGAAAAUGCCCACACCAUGAUAUCCUAGAUCCUGAUAUCUCAUAUAUUUUUUAUCAUGGUAUUAAACCCUAUGCUCGAAAUGUUAUUGAUGCCGCAUCAGGAGGAUCUUUAAUGAGCAAAACCAAUGUAGAAGCCAUGCAAAUACUUAAUAAAAUUUCAGAAAAUGUUGUUCAAAUACCCUCUCACAGAAUGAUUGCUAAGAAAGCAACAGGAGUCAAUCAAGUUGAAGCUUGGAAUUCAUUAGCACAACAAAUUGCAACUCUGACACAAAAAGUUGAGGCUUUUCAGGCAAAUACUCAAUCAUCAUCUCAACAUGAGAAAUGUGAUGUUUGUGGAGGAUUCCAAUGGAGUAAACUAAAUGGUGCUGAAAAUCCUCAAAGAUUUUUCAAUCAAAAGCAGCAGGUGUAUGGACCACCUGGUUUUCUGAAUCAAAACAGAGGGAAACAAAAUUUUCAACAAUAUCAACAACAGCCCCACAGAGCUCAUCAGCAAAGCCUUGAAGAUAUGAUGUACAAAUUCAUUAAGGCUACAGAUGAGAACGUUGAAAGUCAAAACUCAGCCAUCAAGAAUUUGGAAAUCCAGAUGAGCCAAUUAGCAACCCUCAUGUCUGGACAAAUAAAAGGUGCUCUACCAAGUAAAACCGAGAAAAAUCUAAAAGAACACCUCAAAUCCAUCUCUCUGUGGUCCGGUAAAACUCUUGAUGAUCCAUAUGCAUAUAGACAAGGAAAGCCACAAGAAGUCGAACAUGUAACUAAAUGUGAGAAUGAAUUAAAUCUUGAGCUUCCAAAAAAUCAAAAAGAUAAAGGAAAAAAGGUAAAAGAAAAUGAAUUGAUGACAAAUCCUCACUCUGUACCCCUCCCUUUUCCCCAAAAGCUGAAAAGAGAAAAGCUUGACAAACAGUUCUCAAAAUUUAAAACAGCUUUACAUUAA